GUAAGGAUGUAGCUGCGAAGAGAUUCAGAUGUCGGAGAGAUGUGGACAAGUGAGGUUAUGGUGAUGGCAGGAAGUAGAGACAUCUAGAACAAUGGCCGAGUCUGAACAUGGAUAUCUACGUAUGGAAGACCAAGAAACCCGCCCGAUCUUUGUUGUUGGAGAUGACACUGCCUUCAGUCAGCUGUAUAUGGAGAGCCAUGAAGAUAUUGCCGCCAUCACAGUGGGCGUGUGUGCCAUGGCUAAAAAAUGUAACUCAAAACCCAUGCGCGAGAUUCUACAGCGUCUUGAGUUAUUCGAACACAUCAAAACAUUGGUGUUUGAGGAAGAUGUCAUCCUAAAUCAGCCCAUCGAGGAGUGGCCGGUGGUAGAUGUCCUCAUAUCUUUCUUCUCCCAGGGAUUUCCUCUUGAUAAAGCCAUAGAGUAUAAAAACCUACGAAAGCCGUACAUAGUUAAUGAUUUGGAGGCUCAGAAAGUUUUGUUGGACAGGAGAUUGGUUUAUGAAAAGCUGGAAGCAGAAGGCAUCAUCCAUCCCAGAUAUGCUAUAUUAAACAGGGAGGGAAAUGGAACGGCUAAAUGUCAGUACACUGAUGCGGAGGACUGUAUCGAGGUAAAUGGCGUGGUGUUUCACAAACCCUUUGUAGAGAAGCCUGUGUCAGCCGAGGAUCACAAUGUUUACAUCUAUUUCCCUGUGGCGGCCGGUGGAGGUAGUCAACGACUCUUCAGGAAGGUUGGUCCCCGGAGUAGUGCCUACUACCAAGUCAAUCGUGUACGCCAGUCUGGCUCCUAUAUCUACGAGGAUUUUAUGCCAACCGAUGGAACUGAUGUAAAGGUGUAUACAGUUGGUCCUGAUUAUGCACAUGCUGAGGCAAGAAAAUCACCAGCCUUAGAUGGGAAAGUAGAGCGUGACAAAGAUGGAAAAGAAGUCCGGUUUCCUGUGAUUCUGAGUGCCAAAGAAAAACUCCUGGCUAGAAAGGUGUGCCAGGCAUUCAAGCAAAAUGUGUGUGGGUUUGAUCUCCUCAGGGCCAGCGGUAAAUCUUACGUCUGUGAUGUUAACGGAUUCAGCUUCGUGAAAAACUCCAUAAAGUAUUAUGAUGACUGUGCCAAAAUACUAGGAACUAUGAUUAUGCGUGCAUUAGCUCCUCAAAGACACAUCCCGUGGGUUUUAGGGGCAGCCCCAGAGGAUAUCCCUGUAGUGCCCACCACCUCCGGCUCUAUGAUGGAACUAAGGACUGUCGUAGCGGUUAUCAGACACGGCGACCGUACACCAAAACAGAAAAUGAAAAUGGAGGUCAAACACAAAAAAUUCUUCGAUCUCUUUAAGAAAUAUGAUGGCUAUCGUACCGGACAUUUAAAACUGAAGAAACCAAAACAGCUCCAGGAGGUUUUAGACAUUGCCCGAUUCUUACUGUCUGAACAGCAGUCGUCAUCAGAUCCAGAAAUAGCAGAGAAAAAGGCAAAACUACAACAGCUUAAAUUAGUGUUAGAAAUGUAUGGUCAUUUUUCUGGAAUCAAUCGGAAAGUUCAGCUCAAAUACCAACCAUACGGCCACCCAAAGAAGUCGUCGAGUGAGGAAGGUUGGUGUACCCUGUUACUUGUACAGCUGUUGUAA